AUGUCCAUCAGCUGCUCUGAUGGUCUAAGCACUGCAAAGGAAGCUAUGGAGACUUCUGUCAAACAAUCAGAGAAGUACUACUUCAACACAGGUGAUCAUAUUUGCCAGGCUGAGAAUGUGUUGUACAAGAUCCACACCCUGAUUUUGAGAACACGAGGUGUUGACAUGUGGGCAGACAUUAGUGCCCUGCCACAAGGGAUUACACGGGAUGGUUACUCAGAUGAUGCACCCACAAUCAUCCCUCAAGCGACAGCAAAAGAGUUUGAAUACCUGUUGGAGUAUGUCUAUGGCAAGUGA